AUGUCAAAAUUUCGCUCGCAACGCAAGAAAAGCGCUCGUUCGCACGCCUCCGAAGGUCCCUGGAAAGCCGAUGACCCGUUUGGUCCGCCUCACAUUCCAUCCUCAUCCUUCCCAACGACUGGCAUCCGGCACCUUCGAAAUACGCUCUCGAAGCUGUCACCAUCCGCUCGUGCAGAACGACAGAUCCUCAAACAGAAGAACCGACACAGACACCCUCUGACAGAGCGAAAUGUCAAGGCCCUUGUGUCAGAGCAGGAGCUUGGAGAUGUUUUCCGUCCUACCGAAAACAAUACGGAGAUACAGGUGUCUGCUUGGCUUGAACGAGUGUAUUGA